AUGCGGGUUAAUGUGGCGCGGGUUUUCGAAGAUGCAGAUUACGUAAAAGUGCGCAAUAUGUGCGAUAACAACCAAGGAUGGCGUGAGGUUUACUACAAAAAAAUGGUUACCAUAUAUACGCAAUCAGUGCCAGGCAGCAGUUUUCAAAUGAUUAAAGCUGUAGCGAAGUUCCCUGAUGUGUCUCCUAGUGUUGCCUAUGAUGUGCUGCACGACUCAGCCUAUCGAGCUCGUUGGGAUCGCCACAUGGCUGCACAACGCUAUAUUGGAAUGAUCAACCCGAAUAAUGAUAUUGGUUACUAUGCUUUGACGGGAAUUCCACCAGUUCGUGCUCGUGAUUUUGUGAUGCAACGUUCAUGGCUUGACACUGGAAAUGAGAAACUAAUUUGUAGCCAUUCGGUUUGCCAUCAGGAUUAUCCUCCUAUGAAAGGUUAUAUUCGCGGGACUGCCUUACUCUGUGCCUAUCUCGUUCGGCCAUAUGAUAGGGAAGGAUGUCAGAUCACUUACCUUAGCCAUUCAGAUCCAAAAGGAAAAUUGCCCACUUGGUUAGUGAAUCGUCUAACACGUGUGGUUGCCCCUAAAGUAGUUAAGAGAUUACAUAAGGCAUGUCUUGCCUAUCCAGAAUGGAAGAAACGCAAUCAGCCCUCUUUGAAACCUUGGAUUUACGCUGAACAGCAGGUCGACUUUCCUCGAGUGGAUUUGGCAAAAUGUCAGCCACAAGAUUACGAGCAAGAGAUCAUUGAUGAAUCGAAUGCACCUCCCCUAAAGGAUGACGAUGAAGAAGAUGAAUAG